GCAGCUUUCUUUUUUGCUUAGCUUGUCCGUCAUCAUCCCUUUUUUCCAUUUCUUUCUGACUUCUCUUCUUCAUUUCGCUUAUUGUUGCUUGUCAUCUUUCGUCAAUCUCACUGAGUCUGUAGAGUACAGAGUACAGAGUUGCAUAGAUUCAUCUUCUUCUUUCUCGCUGGAACAUCAACCCGGCCGGUACAGCCUCUCAGAAAUCCACACAAGCCUCUAAUAAUACAUACGCCGCUGCUAGCCAGCUUCACUUCCUCUCUCUCCGUCUCACUCUCACUCUCUCACUUUCUCUCAUCAACAACCAUCAAUUCAUCAUGGCCAGCCUCAGAUCCUUCUCCAGACUCGCCCGCCCCGUGCGGCCAUCCAUCUCCCUCCGCCCUGCCGCCUUCUCUCCAGCCUCCUCCAUCUCAUGCCAGAAGCGACUGCACUCCCAGAAGCACCCCAAGGGCUUCGUUCCGCCAUCACAAGAGGAGCUGGACGAGCUGCGCGAGCGUGUCUACGACUUCACCCGCCGCGAGAUCCCCGAGGAGCUCGCCGCCAAGACGGACAAGUCAAAUGCCUUCCCCAUGGAGAUGUGGGAGAAGAUGGGCGAGGCCGGCUUCCUGGGCGUAACUGCUGAUGAGGACUACGGCGGUCUGGGCAUGGGUUAUCAGGCGCACUGUAUCGUGCUGGAGGAGAUGUCGCGCGCCUCGGGUUCUAUUGCCCUGAGCUAUGCCGCGCACUCGCAGCUGUGCGUCAACCAGAUCUCGCUCAAUGGCAGCCCCGAGCAGAAGCAGAAGUACUUGCCCGGCCUCAUUGCGGGAACCAGCGUCGGCGCUCUGGCCAUGUCCGAGUCCGGCUCCGGCUCCGACGUCGUGAGCAUGCGCACCUCGGCCAAGGCUGUGGACGGCGGCUACGUGCUCAACGGCACCAAGAUGUGGAUCACCAACGGCCCUGAUGCCCACGUUAUCGUCGUCUACGCAAAGACGGAGCCGGAGAAGGGCUCCAAGGGCAUCACCGCCUUCCUGGUCGACACCAAGGCCGAGGGCUUCUCCUGCGCCCGCAAGCUCGACAAGAUGGGCAUGCGCGGUUCAAACACGGGUGAGCUCGUCUUUGAGAACGUCUUUGUGCCCACCGAGAACAUCCUCGGCAAGGUCAACGGCGGUGUCCGCGUCCUCAUGGAGGGUCUCGAUCUCGAGCGUCUUGUCCUCAGUGCCGGUCCCCUGGGCCUCAUGCAGGCCUCUCUUGACGUCGCCCUGCCGUUUUCCCACCAGCGCAAGCAGUUUGGCCAGCCCAUUGCCCACAAUCAGCUGAUCCAGGGCCGUCUUGCCGACAUGUACACCAAGUUACAGGCCUCGCGCGCCUACACGUACAACACCGCCCGCAUGGUGGACGAGCAGGGCGUUAUCCGUACCGAGGACUGCGCUGGUGCCAUUCUUUACGCUGCUGAGAGGGCGACGGAGGUUGCGCUUGACUGCAUCCAGCUGCUGGGCGGCAUGGGCUACACCGAGGAGAUGCCCGCGUCUAGAAUACUAAGAGAUGCCAAGCUGUACGAGAUUGGAGCUGGUACCUCGGAGAUUCGCAGAAUGGUCAUUGGACGCGCCUUUAACAAGAAGUAUGCCAAUGCCUAAGUCAGGUUGAGCCAAUGAUAAAAAGAGAAAUAAACAAAGACCAAGAUUAAAAAAAAAGUUGAAAAUCUUUCAAGUGUUAUUGGGAUACACUAGAAUGAUACAUGGGCGCACCUUUUGCUACUUUGUAUAAGAAUGUUGAUACAACGAGACUUCUGUAUAUAACCGUACUUGAUAUCAAUUCAAAAACACUUGUAAUACUUAAUUCACUAUC